UAUAAAGCCACCGCAGUGCCGAGCUGACGCGUCGAGCGCCAGUCUUCUCUCUCUCUCGCUUGACUUUGAAUCUUCCUUGUUCAUGCUCUCGAGCCCUUGCUGGAGAGAAAUCCGUAACGCCAAAAGCCAAUCGCCAGGAAAGUCUCUGAUGGUGGAGGAGUGAGGUGGUGAGGAAGGACUCGCGCUUUACGCGGCUUUUUUCUUCCUUGUUAUACUUUUCUUUCUCAUGUAGCGAUCGCUCGGCGGCUUUUCAUGGCGUAACCGGCCCUCCACUCCGAUUUUUAUAAUUGCGGGUGCCCAGUGGGACGUGCGAGAUCGAGCAAGCAACGCCGAUUCCCGACGCUUCCCUUCGGUUUUGCGCGUCGGUCCUUGCUUGGUGGAGUGUUCGGUGUGAUCGUCGGCUUUGAGCGUUGGUGUUCGGUGGGAGAAUUCGAGCGAGGAAAUGAAGAACGAGGAUCAGGCGAGGUCUCUGUUCGGGAUUCCUCUUUCCGGCCGCUCGAAGUGGCAGCAAUUCCUCAUCUGCUCUUCCGGAUUCUUCUUCGGCUACCUCGUCAACGGCGUCUGCGAGGAAUACGUGUAUAAUCGGCUCCAAUUCAGCUACGGUUGGUAUUUCACCUUUGUACAAGGAUUCGUGUACCUGGUACUCAUAUACUUUCAGGGUUUCACCACCAAGCAUAUGGUGAACCCAUGGAAAACGUAUGUGAAGCUCUCUGCUGUGCUCAUGGGUUCUCAUGGAUUGACCAAGGGAUCUUUGGCUUUUCUCAAUUAUCCUGCCCAAAUCAUGUUCAAAUCCACAAAGGUUUUGCCAGUCAUGGUGAUGGGAGCAUUUAUUCCUGGCUUGAGAAGAAAGUACCCAGCUCACGAGUAUAUAUCUGCCCUGCUUCUAGUAGUUGGUCUGAUUCUAUUCACCUUAGCAGAUGCUCAGACUUCUCCAAAUUUUAGCAUGAUUGGUGUUUUGAUGAUUACUGGAGCUCUAAUCUUUGAUUCAUUUCUCGGUAAUCUGCAAGAAGCGAUAUUUACCUUGAAUCCUGAUACAACGCAGAUGGAAAUGUUGUUCUGUUCGACAGUAGUUGGCUUGCCUUUCCUUGUUCCACCAAUGAUCCUGACCGGGGAGUUGUUUAAGGCUUGGAAUUCGUGCUCUCAGCACCCAUAUGUUUAUGGGGUGUUAAUCUUUGAAGCGAUGGCCACAUUUGUUGGACAAGUCUCUGUUUUAUCCCUCAUAGCCAUCUUUGGGGCUGCAACUACUGCAAUGGUAACAACUGCCAGGAAGGCCGUCACUCUCUUGUUGUCAUACUUGAUAUUUACAAAGCCAUUGACGGAGCAACACGUGACGGGGCUUCUGCUCAUAGUCAUGGGGAUCAUAUUGAAGAUGUUGCCAGAAAACAAACCACCUCCCAGGGGUAUAAUGGCUAAUGGUGGUUCUAAGCAUGAGAAAUCUCCACUCCGAGGAGAGAGCAAACUUGUUGACAAUGGGGAAGCUGAAGAAGAAGGAAGGCCUUUAGUAUGAUUGAAGGCGGCCCAUUUCUUUUCGUCUUCCCCUUGUUUGAUGUUUUAUUGGAAACUUCACUCUAUUUUUUCUAGCUUGCAAGAUCACAUUUCACAGGUAGAGAAAGAAAAAGAUAUACCUGGUAGAGCGAGAGAGCGCUGCCUAGACAAAUUCAUUGUCCAUGAAUCUGUAGUUGCAAUGGUUUCUUACUGACUACACAUAGGUAAAGCGCAGAAACUUAAAAAGCAUUUUGCCAGGAAAGGCAAUAGUUAAGUACUAGAAAGCGAAAGGGGGCACUUAUCUUCGUUUUUUUGUCAUAUGGAUGCUAUCUUGUUUGAGAUGUUCCCAAUUGUGAAUGAAAAGGUUCCUUUCAUUUUUCUC